AUGGCUCAAGGGCAACCUGAAGCAUCGACGUCGGCAUGCACGUCGACACCCAAAAUCGAAAAGCUGGGAGGGUACGACUUUUAUCGCAAACUGGGGAGCCCGAAGUAUAUCGUAGCGCCUAUGGUGGACCAGAGCGAGCUGGCUUUCAGAAGGCUAUGUCGACAAUAUGGUGCUCAACUUAUCUAUACACCCAUGAUCAACGCCAAAAUGUUCACGGACCCCGUUAACAAGAGCUAUCGAGCUUCAGCAUUCGAUAUUGCCUCUGGCGAAGAAGGCGAUAUGGCGUCUGACCGACCUUUGAUCGUCCAGUUCUGCGCCAACGAUCCUGACCAGCUCCUCCAGAGCGCCAAAGUGGUAGAAAAGUACUGUGAUGCGGUGGAUAUCAACCUAGGGUGCCCGCAGGAUAUCGCAAAACGGGGGAGAUAUGGAUCGUUUUUGCAGGACGACUGGCCUCUGAUUUACAGCAUGAUCAAUACCCUCCACGUCAACCUCUCUAUACCCGUCACGGCCAAAUUCCGUGUAUUCCCCGACGUCGAAAAGACGGUUGAAUACGCAAAAAUGCUCGAACGAGCUGGAGCUCAGAUCCUCACAUGCCACGGACGGAUACGAGAACAGCGGGGUCAAAAUACCGGUCUAGCAGAUUGGUCGAAAAUCCGCGCCGUGAAGGAAGCAGUCAAAGUACCCGUUUUCGCGAAUGGGAACAUUCUCUUCCAAGACGACAUCGCGCGGUGUUUGGAGGAGACAGGGUGUGACGGCGUGAUGAGCGCCGAAGGCAUCCUCUACAACCCCGCACUAUUCUACGGACUCGACGCCCCUUCCUCCUCCCCAAAACCCCCGACCACCGACCUCUACCCAAUGCACACCACCCUCGCCUCCCAAUACCUCUCCAUCGUCCUCUCGCUCAAAACCAAAACGCCCGUCAGCGCCGUCAAAGGGCACCUCUUCAAACUCAUGCGGCCCGCCCUAACCAGGGAAUUGGAUCUUAGAGAACGGUUGGGACGGACGGGGUUGAAACCGGGUAAAGGCGGUGAUGCGGAUAGUGAAGGGAAGAAGGGGGAUAAGUGGUUGAGGGAGUGUGUGGCUAUUGUGGAGGAGAUGAGGGUUAGGAUGGAGCGCGAUGCGAAAGAAGCGACGAAGGAUGGUACUAUACCCCUCGAAGACCUCGUGACGACGUGUCCGAAGACGGGGUUGAGGCUUAUGCCGCAUUGGGUUGCGCAGCCCUACUUCCGACCACUGCCCGUGCCGCAGCCGCCCCAGGAGAAGGCGAAAAGGAAGAAGAAGAGGGGUGGGGCGGCAAAGGAGAAGGUGGAGGUAGAGGAGGUGACAGUAGUGGAGAAGGUGGGGGAGAUGGAGCAGGAGACUGGGAAGGUGGUCGUUGUAGCUGAGGAACAGACGUUGCAAGAGGACAAGGUGGUACCGAUGGAGGUGGAGAAGACCACAGCCACCGUGGUCGAAGAGCAGAACGUGGAACCUCCUCCCGCACUCGAAUCACCCCGACCUCUCCCUACUACAGCGCCCGCGAUGCCUACUAUGACACCAGCAAAACGCACGAUCGCCGAAACUUCUCCAUCGCCCUCGCCGCCUCCUCACGUACAGACGGAAGGCGCGGCACCCGUCAAGAGAAGGAGGGCGUUGUCGGAUGGGGAGGUUGUGAAGGUUAUUGAGGUUGUGAAGGCGCCUGCGUGA